AUGAUAGGCAGAACGGCUUUACGCCUUUUCCUCAGUCGUCAUAGCACCCGCCGGUCAGCGUACUCUACUAAAACGGCUCAUAAAAUUGGAAUCAUCGGCUUAGGAAAUGUCGGCUCAACAGUCGCAAAGAACCUUAUUAAGUCAGGUUUCACAGUGUCCGCCUUACUCGACAAGGAUCCAAAAGUGGGGCAAGAUCUACCUGGGGAUAUACCACGCCCAAAGACACCACGUGAGCUGGCUGCCAUGAGUGACGUAGUCACAACAGCUCUCCCUGCCCCACCCCAUGUUAAACAAGUCCUGUUGGGAGAGGACGGGGUAUUGGCAGGGCUGCGGUCAGGAGGGGUAUGGAUUGACCAUUCAACCACGGAUUAUCAGCAGACUUUGGACCUUACUGCAGAAGCUGGUAUGUGUCUUAGGGCGAGAACCUUUUACAAGAGAGUGUAGUUAGAAUGAGAUAAGGUGGGCCCCCGGAUAGUGUGGUUUGGUUAUAAUUUCGGUGAAAUCCCAAGCGAUAUCCCGGGAGGGGUACCCAGCGACCAUACGUAUUCCAGGGCGGGAUCCCAGUGUGGUUCUGGGCGGCAACACAACGGUACCAUGGACGCGAUCCCAGACGUCGUGGAAUAUAUUUCUCUGUUGCCACUGAUUUCCCUUUCCACCAAAAGCAUUAAUGGGUACCUCAGAACUGCGAGGGAAACAAGGAAAUGUGAAAAGGCCAGCCUUUGCUUACCAAGUUUUCCUUAUGGUUGAAUGGAGUUCAAUCGAUACUCUCUAUAUACUCUCUAUACUCCUUAUUGGAGAAACACCGUAAAGGAAAAGUGGGGCUGGAAUCAAAGCUUGUUAAUUGUUUGUAUACAGCCCAGCAGCGUUCAAAUUCUUGGGCCACUUUUCACUUUAUAAUUCCCGAUGAAGUUCGCCUUAUAAUGCCGUCUGCGAUACAACUUCUUGCGCGCAAUAUUAUAUUAAAGCUUGUUAUUAGAGAUUAAGACGUGGAUUAAACGAUUUUCAAGGAUUUGAAUUGCACUCGAGCUUAUUAUUAACUCAUAUUUUGCCUCUGAAGCUAAGAAAGGCAUCAAAGUUCUUGAGGCGCCCGUCACAGGAGGUAUGGCUCUUCUCUAACAUGAUAGCUGCUGUUAAUGUCGUUACCAUGACCGAAGCCAUGUUACUGGGAAAAAGGGGCGGUGUCGAUUUAAAAUCCCUUUUUGAUGCCAUUAGAUUUAGCGCUGGAAAUACGUACACGUGGGAGACGGAAGCUCCUUUGGUAUUCAAUGGAACGUACGAUCCAGAUUUCACCAUUGGGCUUCACUGCAAGGACUUGAAUCUUGGGUACCAGCUCGGACGUAAGUUUAAUGUCCCCAUACAGAUACUUGCCUACGCAGAACAGAUCUACAACCGCGCCCUUUACAAGUUUGGGGAUGAGGUAGGCUCAACGUCUCCUGCAAAGCUUCUGCAAGACGAAUUAGAAGAAAAUUUGCAGGUUGAAGGAUUCGAGGAUUGGACGUAUACUAUUGAACAUGUUGAAGACUCCAUGGCCGUUGUGCACACAACGAAAGAGAAGGUUUACGGACAGAAGUGA